AGAAUUUUCCUACAAAUCACACCAAAUAUAAAUCUCUCCCAAUACUAUAGGCCGGAUGUAUACUUGCCAUAAUAUUUUCUUACCAUCCCAGUCUUCUGAAGUCCGAUAUUAAGGAAGAGAGAAAUGGAAAGGCCAGAAGCAGCAGAUCCAGAGGAAAUGCUCAGGAGUCAAACUGCAAUAUGGGAUUGCAUUUUUGGCUUCGUGGACGGCAUGGCACUCAAGUGUGUAGUUGAGCUAGGCAUUCCUGAUAUGAUAAACUCUCAUGGGUGUCCUCUCUCCUUGUCUUCCAUUGUUAAAAGCAUCAACCAUGCUUCCCUGGACGCUGAUCGCCUCUCACGGGUUAUGAAACUGUUGGUUCACAGAGGAAUCUUCACUUCAAAUAAUCCUGCGAGCCCAGAAGGGGAGCACAGCGCUACUACUACUCUCUAUGGCCUCACCAACUCCUCCAAAUUUCUACUCCGUGAUUCGAAGACGAGUCUUGUGCCCUGGUUGCUAUUGCAGAAUCAUCCAUGCAUGCUAUCAAGUUGGCAUCACCUUAGUGAUAUUGUGAAGGACGGUGGUAGUGGGUUCGCUAGGUGUCAUGGUUUAGAGUUAUUUGAUUUUGCAUCAGCCAAUCCUGAAUUCAACACCUUAUUUAACAAGUCUAUGGAAGGGGCAUCAAACAUAAUGGUGGAGGCAGUGAAGACCACCUAUAAAGAUGGGUUCAAUGGAGUAGGAUCGCUUGUGGAUGUUGGGGGCGGGACUGGUGCCAUGGUGAGUGAGAUUGUGAAGGCACAUCCCCAUGUUAAAGGAAUCAACUUCGAUCUUCCACAUGUGGUGGCUACGGCACCAGAGUAUGAGGGCGUCACACAUGUUGCCGGCAAUAUGUUUACAAGCAUUCCUCCAGCUGAUGCCAUUCUCUUGAAGUGGAUAUUGCAUAAUUGGAGUGACGAAAAUUGCAUCAAAAUCUUGAAAAAUUGUCGGGAAGCUUUGCCGGAGAAAACCGGAAAGCUUAUAAUAGUGGGGGAAGUCUUAAGCAAACAAGGACAUGAAAUGUUUGAGAAGGCGCGAUUGAUACGUGAUCUGUCAAUGAUGGUUUAUUUCCAAGGAAAGGAAAGGAGUGAAGCAGAAUGGAAAAAAUUGUUGGAGAAAGGAGGUUUUGCUAGCUGCAAGACCAUCGAAACUCCAGCGCCGGUAUCAAUUAUUGAAGCUUAUCCCUAAAUGCAUGCAAGUUUUAUCCUUGGAAUAUUGUAUGCCUGGAGAUAAUGUUAUUUUAAUAUUCUAUGUUUCCUAUUUUCAAAUACUAGUUGGUUUUUAGUUUGCAUGGUUGCA